GGGAUUCGUCAUUCCAUGUCCCAUGCAAUUUUUUUCUCGUAUUCGUAAAGUAGUCUGCGCCACUGUCGUUUAUUGACGAGUCGCUAAUGAAAUUUUAAAUGCCGUUUUUUUUCUCAAAUUUAUCAGAAGGGCAGAUUAAUUGAAAUCUCAUUUAAAUUUAGUUUGUUAAAAUUCAACAGAAAAUAUUUAAACACAGCAUUUUUGAAAACCUAACCCUCCGACCGGCUCUAACUGUCAAAUGUCAAAAUCUUCACAGAAUCAUGGCAGAUAACGAAAGGCUUGUCAAAGCGCUCAAGGACCUACCUUUAAGGAUUCAAACUUCCAGUCUAACCUUACGAAGGACCGUGAUCGAAGACGUUAUCGAUGUCCUGGACCAUUCCGGAAUCAGUGAAAUCAUCAUUAAGGGAAUAUGCAGGGCGAUUCAGUACACUUUACCUAGGUACCAUGACGGAAUUUCACAGUACCUCGUGCGAAAUUUGAUAACCUCGCUAAUAAGACACCAUCCAAAAUGGUCAGUGAGAGGGCUACUUACGAUGUUGGCAGACGUAGCUGCCGGUUUCAAAACAUUAGUUGCCACACCGAAAAUUUCUAAAGUCGCUCUGACGGCCUUACGUUGGUCUUGUCUUGUAGUUAUCGACGGAUGGAAGAGCAGCGAAGAUGUUAUUCGGGAUGAAAUUUCUAACUUAGUGAAUAGCCAGUGUGUUUUAUAUACCUGUAUUGCAACAGCGGGCAACAAACGAUUAACUUUUAAGGCAUAUAAUAAGUUACACAUCCUAUGGAGCUCCAUUCCCAAUUUAGAAAUUUUGUAUAUGAACACCUUAAUUCAAAGCGAACAAACGUAUUUUGUAUCAGUUCUUAGCUCUACGUUAAUUAAGCAUCUGUCCCAGGCUGAUCUGAAGGAGUUUGUGGAUAAGAACUUGGAUACGUUUAUCAAGACGUUGGUGAGUUGCAAAACGAAACCUUUGAAUACGGCGAUCGAGGCCUGCUAUCCCAUGUUGAAACGUUUGAAUCACGAGCAGUUUAAGUCGACCCUUCUACCUGCACUUCAGAAGGCGAUGUUGCGAAAUCCGGAAAUUAUAAUCGAGUGUGUCGGAUUAAUUCUUGCGGGUGUUACAAUCGACUUGAGUCAGUAUGCUUUGGAUGUAAGCAAAGGAUUGAUAACUAAUUUACAUUCAAAGGAUGACGUGACUAGGAGAGAGUCGGCGGAUGCGUGUAAACUGCUGGCUCAACAAUGUAGCGAUUCUGGUGCUAUUGAAUCAGUGGUGAAGCAGAUUUUUUCUGUUUUCCAUGGAUCUGAUGGAAAAUUAACCGUUCUCGAGCAUAAGAUUAGUGUUUUGGAAGGCGCUGGAAAUUUAAGUUACAAUUCCGUAACCGGAAGCAAUUUACAAAACUUAAUCGCGCAAGUAAGUAACGAAUUCAUCAAAGUUUUGGAAACGGAAGUGCACGAAAAGACCUUAUGUUACACAUUGGAAAUGCUAUCGCUUUGGGUGUCGAAGAUCAACAAUGACGUGCCGAAGAAGCUCAUCGACGCCUUAAAGAAUGGAAUGUCUCUGAAGACUUCGACUGCUUCUGUGAGAAUUUCGUACAUUCAAUGCAUGUUGGCGUGUUUCCACUCGAAUACGAUAUCGCAAGCGGAGGUUCUAGUUGGUGUUCUUCAAAAGUCUGUCGAUCGUGCCAUAUCGCAGCCCACGCUAGCGCUUGGGGUUACGGAGGGGCUGUGCGCAACGUAUUUCCUGUUAAAAAUUAUGGAGAGUCAGGGAGAUCGAGAGAGCAAACUUUCGAGUGUGUGCUCGAUCUUAUUUGACAUGGACAAGCAGCUGUUUGUUUCGGAAAAAUUCUUGGCAACCGCAUCGGACGAUGCAUUAAUUCAAGUGAUGCAACUUUGCGAGCUACUUCUCUUGGAAUAUCCUGAAAAGUUUAACGGUAAAGCUGCGCCACUGUAUCGAGCCGUACUUAUUUGUAUGACUAGCUCGUCGGCUGUUGUGAGAAAGAAGUGUCUCCCGGCCGUCCAAAGGAUUGUGAGCGGCCUAGGAGGCACAACCAUCGCGCAGGCGCUUUUGAGGGACUUUUUAAAAUUAAUUGACAGCAAGAAUGAUCCCGAGCAGAACGCGAUCUCUCCCCAUGUACUCAUUGAUUGCAUUCAAGUUUUGUGCUCUGGAUCGGGAACAGUGGAAGAAGCGACGACCAUAGCCCUCGAAGCGCUGCUACCCUGCCACAUACAAGCCAUUUUUUCCGUUUUACCAAAUUUGUGGAUUACAAUAAUGAAACGUUCUAAAUUAAAUCCCAAAGAGUUCAUUAGUCAAAAAUUGAACCCUCUCAAAAAGAUGUUAGUCGAUGAUUACGUUGCGACUCCGUAUUACGAAAAUGCACUUGCGACAGUAGUCAAAACCAAUGGCAGAGAAAUUUUACGGUACUUACUUAGGAGGCUGAAGGAGAAGCUCUACAAUCCAAAUGUCAGGCAAAUUACAAAAGAUGAAUAUUUUACAUAUUUAACGCCGGAAGGAGAAUUGUACGACAAGAGUGUGUUACCCUUACCUGAAGAUCAAAAGGAUGAAGCGUCAAAUAUGAAACGUGAAAGUAAAGCAUACAGCUACAAGGAGCAAUUGGAAGAAAUGCAAUUAAGACGAGAAUUGGAGGAGAAAAAACGAAGGGAAGGUAAAAUAAAAGUUCCGCAAUACUCGGCCAAGCAAUUGGAGGUGAUAAAGAAUCAAAAAAUUAAGGAACAAGGUAUAAGAGAAAAGUUGACUGAGUUAAACACGGUCAUUACUAACUACGUCUCUAUGAUAAGAGCCGCGAGCAAUGGGAAUCCGAUUGAAUUUUCAUUAUAUUCGAAAGAUUUGCUGCCCUUAAUUCUUCAAAAUAUGCAUUCGCCGUUAUCAGCGCCGCAUUUAACGAAGCUCUAUGUCGAUUUACACGAGGUGUUCUUUAAGAAGGACUUGAGCGGUUUAGGAGACUUAGUCGCACAUGUAACUUUAAGACUGAUAAAACCCCAUUGUGAUUUGGACGAGUCGUGGGAACAAGAAGAUCUGCCCAAAGCUGCGUCUAGAGCGAUAACUUUAAUAUACGAUCACUCGAUGAAAAAGACUGACGGAAAAAAUCCAGCAACGCCCCACCAUCACUUUACUGCCCCCGCCUUUACCUACUCGUUCCAGCUAAUUAAGCUAAUGCUACUUUCGGCGCAGGCCCCCAAAGACGAGGGCCUGAUUCACAUUUCCCUCCAAAUAAUCUCGGAACAUUCGAAAUUGCGCCACAACGUCAAGGAGGGCGCCAUAAAUUUGUACGAUCCCAGAUACCUACCACGACAGCAAAUGUUCGAGCUCCUUAUCGAGCUGAUUAGCUCCACAUCCGGACGUAUUCAAUCUCAGGCAGUCACCUGCCUUUUAGACGUGGCAAUUUCGGCUAGCGGCGCCAAGAAUUGCAGCAAGGCGAGUGUGCAGGAGCUCGAAGUUCUGCUGACCGCCUUGCAAAAUCCUAAGGACGUCGUUCGAGAUUCCGCACUACGAGGUCUCGCCUACAUGAUACAGUCGAUACCGACCUUCGACGAAAGUUAUGAUCUCGCUUUGAAGAUCAACAAGCGAGUUUGGAUCGCCCGAUUUGAUAGUAGUGAGGAAAACAAGGACCUAGCUGAUAAGUUGUGGGAUGACGGAAAAAUGUCGUUUCCUAGCAUGCUGAGCGAAGAGUUAAUGGCCGACAUUGAGCAUCCAGUGGAGUGCGUUCAGUCAUCCGCCGCCAAAGCGUUGGCGGCGCUUAUUAAAGAUGACGAGAGUCAAGUGCAACCCAUCGUCGAGACAUUGCUGCUCUUAUAUAAGAAUACGCUUAAGAUGGCGCCGGCGAAGGUUGACGAAUUUGGCAGGGAGCUCGAGAAACCGAUCGAUAAUUGGGGUCCUCGUCGAGGCGUCGGAUUGGCGCUUGCCGGAUUGGCUCCGUUUGUUGAUUCAGCUACCAUCAGCAAACUAAUACAGUUCUUUGUACCUACGGCACUGAGCGAUCGUAGUGAGGAAGUUCGCAAGGAGAUGCUGACCGCCGCUUUGGCCAUUGUCGACUUGCAUGGAAAGGUACCUAUGGAUAUUGAAUUUGUAUUUACUGUCACUUUGUGUCGAUUAAUCAGGGUAUUGCAGGAUCUUAGUGCUUUUCAGAAUUUCUUAACACCUUACCAUAUCAUUCUUACGCAAAAUUAUUUAAGCCCUUCCACAGUUUUCUUUCAUGGUGCUAAUUUAGAAAAAAAUAACGUAGAUAUUGACGAAGAUGAAGAUAAUGAUCACUUCGACGAUCAAACAAUUAUAAAUGUUGAUAAUCAAGACACUCAAGGUUCACAUUUUGAGGAUAACUUCAGUGAAGAUGAAAAUGAUAUUGAGUUAUAUUUGAGCUCGGAAGACGAAUGA